AUGAAGAAGCGGUGGGGUCGUGGAGGGGCCCUAUGUCUAGACCCAACUGCAACAGCUGCUGCAGCAGCAGCAGCAGGUGCUGCUGCUGCUGAUGCUGCUGGGGAUCCGCUAGGAGCAGCAGAUACGGCUGCUCCUACCCCUUCUUCAUUCUGCAGCAGCAGCAACAGCUGCAGCCCUUGCAACAACAGCAGCAGCACCUCUGAUGCCGUCCCUAGCAGCAAACUAGCGAUCAACAGCGGCAAUGGUGCAGGCAACAGCAGCAACACCAGCAACACCAGCAGCAGCAGCAACAACAGCAGCCCUACGGAUAGCAGCAGCAGCAGCGACCCUGCAUUGGGCCGCAGCAGCAGCAGCAGCAGCAGCAGCAUCCAUCUAUUCACUGGGGCGCCAUCAACGCAGAACAUCACGCCUGGUGCAUUAACAGUUGCUGCUUCUGCUGCUGCAGCAGCUGCUGCCUUUGAAGACAUCCGACGGGCUACAACCAGGGCCAAGGAGGGGCUGAGACUCAGCAGCACCAGCAACAGCAGCAACAGCAGCAGCAGCAGCAGCAGCAGCAGCUUUUCCUCGCCAACCGCCAGAGUGACGCCGGUUCUGUGUUUAGAUGGCAGCAAGCUGGGGCCUCAAGAGAAGCAGCAGCAGCAGAAUCAGCAGCAGCAGCAAGGGGAAUUAGAUAGACAAGACGAGCAGCAGCAGGAGGAGGAGCAGCAGCAGCAGCUGCUGCUGUUGCAGCAGCAAGAUGGGUCCAGGUUGAACCCACUGCUACCGGAGCUUCUUAAUCCCCGUCUCCUGGGGCCUUCAUUCUGUCGCUCAAACUCUCUGCUGCAGCCAGAAGCACACAGACCACUGCAGCGGCAGCAGCAGCAGCAGCAGCAGCAGAAGCUGCUGUGGCUAGCCCCUGGUUCUGCCGCGUUUGCAAGGCUUUUGCUGCAGCAGCAGGAAGGCGCUGGCGAUGUACCUGAGGAGGGGGCGAGCACUUCAGCAGCAGCAGGAGCCCCAGCAGCAGCAGCAGCAGGUGCUGCUGCUGCUGCUGCUGCUGCUGCUGCUGCUGCUGCAGAUCCAAUGGGCAGCUGGGAAUAUGCAUUUGACCCGCGGAACUUCGAGGCAUUUGUUAUGGAGAGCAAACGGAGAGCAUUUGCUGCAAUUCAUGCAGCAUUUAAACAGGCAGACGCAGGGGGGGCCCAAUCGGAAGCAGCAGACAGCUGGAGCAGCAGCAGCAGGGACGUCAGCAGCAGCAGCAGCAGCAUCAGCAGCAGCAGCGCAGCAGAGUUUGCAGCAAUGGUUGACUUUCAGCUGUCUCUUCUCUACCUCACGGGGUCCUUGCUGCAGCAAAAGGAAGAGCUGCUGCAGCGGACUCGCGACCAGACUCUGCAGCAGCAGCAGCAGCAGCUUGAUGCAGCAGAGCAGCAAUCCCGCAAACUUCACCAAGCAACAGCUGCAGAGGGGUCGAGAAGCCGCCAGGCGUGGGGUGAGGGGUUGGGCGGCUCUGUGUCUGAGCGUUUGCUGGAGGAGACAGCGGAGUUGAACAGGAGAUUAGAUGAAGUGAUGGAGGAGAGAGACAGGCUGCACCGAGAAGUCUCAGCACUCAAAGCCCACCUCCGGACUUCAGCUGCACAGGCAGGGAACCACUCAGCGACCAGCAGCAGCAGCAGCAGCAGCGGCAGCAGCAGCAGUAGUCAGCCUACGCUUCCGGAUGAAUGCAACAACAAGAAAGAGGGCAGCAGCAGCAGCAGCAGCAGCAGCAGCAGCAGCAGCAGCAAGAGGGGCUUCGGCAUUCGCCUGCGAGGGAAUGAGAGGAGAUGCAGUUUGGGGCCCAUCAUCCCUUCGCUACGGCGUAGCUCGCUUGCAACAUGGUGUGAUUCUGCUGCUGCUGCUGCUGCUGCUGCUGAUGCUGAUGCUGCUGUCUCAGCUGCUGAACCAGCAGCUGCUGCUGCGAUGCCCCCUGCAGCAGAGCCUCCUUCUGGUGCUGCCGUUAGAUGGAGUAGCCGCCGCCUCAGUCAGAGUUUAGAUAUUUCUCUUCAGCCCUCGCUGCAUGCAAGCGGUAGUGGUGUGCAGUCGCAGCAGCAGCAGCAACAGCAGCAACAGCAGCAGCAACUGCAGCUGCAGCAGCAGAACCGGCAAAAGACACUCCAAGAGGAACUGUCGGAGGCGGCUGUCUUGAGCUGCAGCAGCAAAUGCAAUCAACCCAGAAUGCGCAUGCAGCAGCCCAAUGCUGUUGCUGCUGCAGUAGACGCUGCUGCAGCAGACAGCAGCAGCAAAGGCGACAGCAUCAGCCCAAGGGAUAACUGCAGCAGCAGCAGCAGCAGCAGCAGCAGCAGCAGUGGAGCUGCUUGCAGCAGCAUUGUACAGGGACCAUCGGGAUUGCUGCUGAAGGCAGCUGCUGCUUGCGCUCAGCUGCUGCACGCAGCAGCAGAUAAUACUGAGGCGGCACUUGAUCGCUACAUUGAAGCGUUUGCUCAUGCGGCUACUGGGGCAUAA